AUGGAUGUUGUGAUUGUCGGAGACCAAUAUCUGAGAGACUUUGGCAAUACCAUGGAUGUUCUCACUUUCAAAUGGAUGGAUAAUGCAGUGGAGAAAGACGAAAAUCUAAGAUUACCGGAAUACACCCUUACAAGUUUCGAUUUCCAGGAUUGUUCACGAGUUUAUGCAGCUGGCGCUUUCCCAUGUCUCAACGUAGACUUCUUCUUGGACAGAAACCGCGAGUACUUCGUGAUGCAGGUUUACCUGCCCAGCGUCCUCAUUGUCAUCAUGUCCUGGGUGGGGUUCUGGAUCAGCAUCGACGCGAGCCCGGCCAGGGUGUCCAUUGGACUCUUAACAGUGCUGACAAUUACGACGCAGGCUACGGCGUCCAGGGCCUCACAGCCGAAGGUGUCUUACAUCAAGGCAAUUGACGUCUGGUUGGCCAUGUGUUUGGUGUUUGUAUUCGCCUCGCUUCUGGAGUACUCCCUCGUGAACACAUUCAGUAGGCGACAGGUCCCAAAACCUGUUCGAAACCGUGCCCAAGGGAUAUUCUGCAACUCUAACAGUGAAAAGAAGAAAAUGUGUGAUGAUCUACAGCCACACGUUGAGGCUGCUCCGGAGAAGGAAGAGGUACCCGAUCCGCAAGGCAGAGAAAAGGCAAAGCGUGUGGACACUGUGUCUCGGGUUCUAUUUCCCUUCAGUUUUAUACUCUUCUGUUUUGUCUAUGGACUUUACUAUGUAGUUUUCGCACGUUCGAGCUUUUCAGUUUAG